AUGGGUUUCCGUGUAUUCAGACGUUGUUUAUGGCCAUUUAGAGUGCCCUGGCGCAUUUACAAGGCUCUUAGUGCCCCCAAAAGAAAGUCGUCACCUUUCGAGGAGAACAAGUUUACAUACAGCCGAUUGUCUCAGUCUAACCUAGCAGACGUCAGGCCUCAUUACAACGUUGUGGUGAUCGGGUCCGGAUACGGCGGUUCAAUCGCUGCAAGUCGCGCUGCAAGAGCGGGCGUGUCUGUCUGUCUCCUUGAGCGCGGUAAGGAGCUACAGCCUGGAGAGUACCCGGAUACUCUGUCUCAGGCCUUUAAAGAAACGCAGAUAGAGAUCAACACUGGGAAUUCAGCAGUGGACUGCAAGCUCGGCCAGCCAACAGAUCUCGUGGACGUUAUAAUAAACAAAGAGCUGUCAGUUGUGAAGGGCUGUGGACUAGGCGGUGGUUCUCUCAUCAACGCCAAUGUUGGCUUGGAUUGUGACCCCAGGGUUUUCGAGGACAAGGUGUGGCCAAAGGCGUUUCGUAAUGACCUGGAGGUUGUCAAUAAGGUUGACAGGGAUCAUGCUUGGCAGAUGCUCAAGCCUACUCCUUACCCCCAAGACGACCCUCCACUCCCCAAACUGAGCCAAAUGGAGAAAGCAGCCAAGGCCAUAGUGAAUGAAGUUAAAGACAACGAGGAACUGGAUAAGAUUUUCUACAGGCCGCCCCUGUAUGUCAACUUCAAAGAAACGGUAUCUAAUCAUGUGGGGGUCGCGCAGGCGGCGUGUAACGGCUGUGGAAACUGCUGCUCAGGCUGUAACUACGGCGCCAAGAACACGCUCAUCAUGAACUACCUGCCUGAUGCCAGGAACCACGGAGCGGAGAUUUUCACUCGUGUAGAGGUGAAAGCCAUCGAGAAGAACAAAAAGGGGUGGCGAGUCGCCUACGUCCCUCACAUGCAGGACGGAUUCCAGGAAGAAGAACGAUUCAUCCGCGCUGAUAUUGUCAUCCUAAGCGCAGGUGCACUGGGCUCCACCAAGAUUUUGCACAACUCAAAAAAUAGGGGCCUGGAUCUGUCUGACCAGUUAGGGGAACACUUCAGCACAAACGGCGACACCAUCAGCUUCAGCUAUAACGGCCGUGAGGAGGCUCAUUCUGUGGGACUGCCGCCUGGCUUUGAUAGGCUCAAGCCUGCUGGACCAUGCAUCAGCGGUGUCAUAGACCUACGUCUGCCAGAAAAAGACCUACGCCAGGGCUACGUCAUUCAAGACGGCACCCCACCCCAUGUCACCAAGCUGGCGUAUUGCAUCCUGAUGUCUGUGGAGAGCAGCCUUAGCGGGAUCGACAAUUUCCCGAAGAAAAAUCUUUGGGAGAGGAUCGCCAAGAAACUGCAGCCAGGCAAAAUGUCGCGAACGCUUGGUAUGCUAACGAUGAGUCAGGAUAGAGACAAAGGCCGCCUGGUCCUGGAUAAGCAAGGCUCCAUCGUCAUGGAGUACCCUGGCGUUGGGGACGAGAAAAACUUCGACCUGGUCAAUGACAAACAUAAAGUGGCGGUUACGAGUCUUGAAGGUACAUUCGUGCCGAAUCCCAUGUGGGGAGGGAUCCUGGCGAGGUACAGAGAUGUCAAGUCUCUCAUCACGGUACAUCCGCUCGGAGGCUGCGCGAUGGGAGAGUCAAGCAAGACUGAGGUAGUCAACCACAAGGGUCAGGUAUUCAGGGGAAACAUGUACACAGACGUUGUUCACGACUGGCUAUACGUUAUGGACGGCGCUAUCAUCCCACGGUGUCUCGGAGUCAACCCCACUCUCACCAUCUGCAUGGUGGCAGAGCGCUGCAUGAGACUCAUGGCUCAGGACCAUAGCUGGACCAUCGACUACAGCUUCCGCAGGAAUUCUUCGGAGAUCAGGCAAGUAAGACCCGGUUUGCGCUUCACGGAGAGAAUGGUAGGAAGUGUCGACUACAGCAAAAACGGCGCCAAAGCUGCCGCUCCAUGCGAGUUCGUCCUCACCAUCCAGUCGGACGACCUGCAGGGGAUGCUAAACGAAGCCGCUCACUCGGCGAAGAUCUCCGGUACCGUCACCUGCAACGCUCUGCACAAGGACCCGCUAACUGUGUCGGAUGGAAUAUUCCAGCUUUUUAGUAAUGACAAGAACAUGGUUGACACGAAGGAGAUGCUCUACAAGAUGGUCCUGAACGCUAAGGACGGUCGGCAGUUCUACUUCCACGGGCGUAAGGAAGUCCACAGAGACCACUUCGGAGAGAUAGGACUGAAGGAUACCACUACACUAUUCGUUAAGAUCCUCCAUGGAACAAGCGACAAAGGAGAGAUAUUUGCAGAAGGCAUUCUCAAAAUGAAGUUUGGAGACUUCAUGGACCAACUGUCAACCAUGGAAGUUUUAAACGUUGAAGGAAGACUGGAGCGACUUAAAUGGAUGUCAAAGUUUUUCGGAUUCUUCGCAAGGAGUCUAUGGGAAAUCUAUGGACCAACAAUGGGGAAAGAUUCUCCUGAUCUAGCAGUAAGAGAUAGUCAAAGAAAGCGAUCUCUGCGCCUGGGAGGGGCCGAACGAGAAAUAUACUCAUUCCUAACGGAUGACAACGUGGAGUUGCGGCUCACCCGUUACAGAGCUGGCUCCAAGGGCCCCGUAAUGCUGUCACCCGGAUUGGGAGUUUCCAGCGGUAUCUUCACGCUUGACACCGUCGACACGAACCUUCUGGAAUACCUGGUUGCCAGGCACUAUGACGUCUGGCUGUUGGACUGGCGGGCGUCCUGCGACCUUCCAGCGGCGUGCUUCAGACAGUUCACACUAGACGAUGUCGCCAAGUUCGAUUACCCUGCUGCCGUGGACAAAAUCCUCAAGGUGACAGGCAGUCGAGACAUACAGGUCUUUGUCCAUUGUGCUGGAUCCAUCACAUUCUUUGCUUCCUUACUGUUGGGCAAGCAUCAAGGAAAAAUUCGCAACGUCGUCGCAUCACAGGUCGCCGCUCACCCCAUUCUGACCAAACGCAUACGGAGGUUUGCUGCCAAGGCCGGACUUCCGGGAAUAUUGAAGCGGCUUGGUGUGGAAGGCGUCAAUGCACGUCUAGAUUCUAACGGUGGAUGCAAAGACGCCAUGACAACGUUUGGAUGUAAGGGUUUUAACCUGAUGGAAGUAAAGGCACGGGAAAGAUGUAACAGUAAGGUCUGCCGAAGCGAGGAAUGUUUGUUAGAUGUCAACGGUAAAGACACAUACUUACCAGACCACAAGGCUGCGUACCGAGAGACUUCUGAUGCCUACAUGGACAAGAUGAAGCUGUUGGACGUUCCUAUCUGCUUUAUUGUGGGCAAGAAAAAUAUGACCUUUCGACCUGAGGCGACCUGGACAACAUUUGAUCAAUGCCGCCGAGCAAAUCCUAAUCAAGAUUAUGCGCACAUCAUCAUCCCAGAAUACGGACACAUCGACGGGAUCAUCGGCCAUAACGCAGUUCGUGACGUCUUUCCUCAUAUCCUGGAAGCCCUGGAGAAACACGCGAUGCCAGCGCCGUGAGCCAGAAAAAAUUUACGACCGAAGCCUGUUAACACUAAGCAGACUCUAUGUGUUACAAAACAGAUCACUCGAUAGAUUUCUUUGAGAAGUUGAAUUAAAAUUGUGUUUUAGGCGGACUUUAUUUGGUGUAAAACAGACUAGACACAGUUGUAUAUAAUUAUGUUAGACUCUGUUUAUUUCAAGGUAGUAUAUUUUUUCGCACCUAGAAAGUAAGGGAGAGAGAGAAAGGAAGAAAGGAUCACGCCACUACAUUGUUAUGUUGUGUUGAUUACUCUAUUUGCUACUCAGUUGGGUUGAGGCGGCCUAGGCUGAUAUAUCAUGUUCGAGUUUGGGCG